GCCCGCAUUUCAACCUGCUUGAUUCACUCCUUAUUAAUCACGUAAUAAACACCAUCUUUAAUUCUAUCCCUCCCCCAAUUGCGUCUAUAAAAGGCGAGCUCAGCCCUAGCUAGCAUUGUUGAACACCACAAUGCCGACUCUUAGACCCAUUCUCACCACCAUCUUCUUCCUCUUCACAGUGCUCAAGGUUUCAGCAUCAUCGUCAGUGAUAUUCUACAACAAGUGCCCCCACCCAGUGUGGCCCGGGAUCCAGCCCAGCGCAGGAAAGCCCGUUCUGGCCCGCGGAGGCUUCAAGCUCGCCCCAAACCGGGCCUACUCCCUCCAGCUACCCGCCCUCUGGUCCGGGCGCUUCUGGGGCCGCCACGGCUGCGCCUUCGACGUCGGCGGGCGCGGGCGCUGCGCCACCGGUGACUGCGGCGGGUCCCUCUUCUGCAACGGCAUCGGGGGAAGCCCACCGGCGACCCUGGCGGAGUUGACCCUGGGCAACGAGCAGGACUUCUACGACGUGAGCCUGGUGGACGGCUACAACCUGCCCAUCUCCAUCACCCCAUUCAAGGGAUCCGGAAAAUGCAGCUACGCGGGCUGCGUGAGCGACCUGAACACCAUGUGCCCCGUGGGCCUCCAAGUUCGCUCACGCGACAACAAGCGCGUGGUUGCCUGCAAGAGCGCUUGCUCCGCUUUCAACUCCCCCAAGUACUGCUGCACCGGCUCCUAUGGAAGCCCACAGGCCUGCAAGCCCACCGUCUAUUCCAAGAUCUUCAAGACCGCAUGCCCCAAGGCCUACUCCUAUGCCUAUGAUGACCCCACCAGCAUUGCUACUUGCACCAAAGCUAACUAUUUCCUCACCUUCUGCCCCCAUCGCCCCUGAUCCAUAAUUCAUCUUGUAUGCUUGUUCUACUUUAUUAGACCAUUGGAUCUAUCAUCUAUGUAUCCCUAAAUGGUAUUAUUAUAUUAAUGGUGCUUUGAUCAAUAUUACUACCUUUUUUCGUCGAGGUGCGCUAAUGUCCUCAGUUUAUGCUAUAGACGAUGGCCAACCACACUCUAUUUCUAUCCCCCACGGUCUAAUUGAUGUGUACUUCUUUCCGUCUCUAAUUGGCUUAUGAUUUGUCCA